CCACCUCAGUACACUUUAGGCCACAGCUGUCCUCUGCACCUUUCGAACAACGGCGCGCUCGGGAGCAUCCUCAAAGCCGCGCAUCCGAGUCAGUCCGCGUAAAGACCUAAAGACGCUUUGGGGGGACGACGGCGAUAGCGCGAACGCUUCCGCACUAUAUCACUACAUCAUGCACAGUUGAGCGUUGGGUGUCUGACGCCUUCGACUUGCACUCCCUGCCCUCCGCCUGCUGCCCACCUGCGCUGGGCCUUCCACUCCUUUGACCCCUCGGCGCAGCCAUGGCUUCCGGACUGCGCUCCCACACGGAGCACUGCCGGCCGGGCGACCUGCUUGUCGUCGUGCACGAGUUUAUUGCCCGUAGCCCCGACGAGCUUAGUCUGAGGCGGGGGGAUCGCAUUGAGCUGAUCGAGCGCGAUGAUGACUUCGGCGAUGGCUGGUUCCUGGGAAAGAACACAGAGAGCGGGGAGAACGGGCUGUUCCCUGAAGUCUACACGCGACCGGCGCCAGCACCCACCACAACAAACCUCCCCGUACACUCGCGCGAUCCCUCGAACAUCUCACAGCAAACACCCAGCCAGCUGCCCGGCACUGCGACCUCUCAGCCGCCGUCGACCCAGCCAAUGAGCGCGCCUCAGUCGCCAGCCCUGGGCCAGGGCCCAACAGAGCCCCUGAACGUUGCGAACUCGACCACCGGCGCCGAGAUCGCGCGCAGGACAUCGCUGAACGCGGCACCCAGGAGUAUCAGCAUGACGCUGAACGGUGAAGAGCACCAGGAUGAGGUCAGCAUUGGGAGCCCGGUCAUGCAUGAGACACUGAGCGUCAUCGACGAGCACAUCACCGAUAUGAGCACGCCCCGCCAUAGCGCCGCCGUCGUCCAGCGAGACCUGAAGGCCAACAUGAACAACGACUCCGGCAGCGAGUACAGCAGCCACCACCGCCUGUCCUACAUCAAUGGCCAGGAAACGGAAGACGAGGAGCAGGACUACCACACGGACGAGGAGGUCAAGACAUGGUCGCCAGCGCGCGUGGCCGAGUAUCUGGAGGAUGUGGGCGUGGAGAAGAAGCACUGCGACGUGUUCAGGGACCAGGACAUUGACGGCGAAGCGCUGCUCGGCGUGGAUCGCAACUUCAUCUUCAUGAAGGAAUUCGACUUGGGCCCAAUGGGCCCUCGACUGCGCACAUGGAUGAAAAUCAAUGCCCUGCAACAGGAGGUCAGGAACGCGAAGGAGGCUGCCAAGGCAUUGACGCCCCUCGACAGUUUGGAAGACUUUGCGCCAAUGGGGGAAACGACCACACGGAACAGAGCUUCGUCGCUCGGUGCAGGCAUGCUUCCUCGGAUACCCACACUGAGGGAGAGCAUGGGCUCACGUGGCAGCUCCAGCCGCCAGAACAUUCCCCGCGCGAUGUCUUCAGCAGGGCGCUCCACGAGCUCCACGAUUGAGCCGACAUCACCACUGAUUCAGGCAACCCCGACCUCUCCACCUCUCGGCAGUCGACCUUCUGCUGCUUCUGUACGUAGUCUCAACCACAACAGACGGCAUUCUUCGAUCGAUUACAACAUGAACCCGCCGGUACCUGGCAGUGUCAAGCCUGCGUCAACUGCCCCUGUAGCGUCAGCGCACAGGAAGGCUCCAUCGUUUGACCGCAAUUGGACUAUGGGUUCGCCGCAGAAGACCUCGCACGAUUUGCAACGCCCUGCCUCUUCGAAUCAUAUGCACGCCUUGAGUACUAACGGGACGGCUUUCGACUCCAAAGAAGCAGGACUAAACGCUGCGAGUGACCUGGACAGGGGCUACUUCUCAGGCGGCGAGGUCGACAAUCGCAAGAGCCGUAAUGUGCUUCGGAAAAGAGACAGUGACAACACUGCUCGCAACCCUAGCAUUAGCACAUCGUACAGCCGCCGGCACAGCAGGAUUGGCAGUGCUGACUCGGUUAUGAGACAAGGUGCUGUGUCUCCUGCAGCUAAGCAGUACUACGGAGGCAGCAUCAAGAGCGACCGCUCGAGCGCAUUCGAUUUCGUACGCCCGCUAAAGCCGAUAAACGAUGGACCCCCCACUGUUACGAAGCUGAGUUACGACACACCCAGCAUCGACGCCAUUGCAAAUUCGCCAGCUCUUCCCGGAAGCGAGACAUCGUCGACCGGUCGUGCAUCGCCUUCGCCAGCAGCGACAACACAAUCAAGUUCGUUCUUUAGUAAGAAGUCACGCACUGUCGGUCUCAGGGCAAUAUCAGAUGCUAUCACUGGUGGGGAAAGGGCCAAUGCAAGCGCAGUGGAUGUCGCUCAUUCAUCGAACAAAGAUUCGCCUAUGCAGUCACCAACAAGGACUGGAUCCAGCACACCGUCUGGUACGUCGGUGUCGAAGAGCUUUGAGCUUGACAAGGGCGACAGGCGGCAUACCAGUGGCUCCACUGUAACAAAAGAAGUGACCAAGAAAAAGGCUAGCAAGCAUGGCACUAGUGCUUAUCUCAAGGGGCGUCAACAGAUCACACCACAGGAAGCCAUGAAAAACUGCGAUUACAGCGGUUGGAUGAAGAAAAAGUCCUCUAGUUUGAUGACAACAUGGAAGACUCGUCUGUUUGUGCUGCGAGGUCGACGGUUAUCGUACUACUACAGCGAGAACGACACGGAAGAGAAGGGCCUCAUCGAUAUUUCGUCGCACAGAGUCCUGCCGGCAAAUAACGAGAGGAUGACCGGUCUACAUGCAUCAAUCACUCGUGCAGCGUCCUCACCAUCGUCGCCUCACAAUGCUACGAUCCAGACUGCGGCAUCAGUGGACAGCGCUAAUGCUGCGAACAGCGUUGAGGAGAGUAUGGACGGCAUGUUCAUCUUCAAGCUGGUCCCACCACGCGCCGGCUUGCAGAAGGGCGUACAGUUCACCAAGCCUAUUGUGCACUACUUCGCUGUUGAUAGUCUGGCAGUAGGGCGACUGUGGAUGGCAGCACUCAUGAAGGCCACAAUCGACCGCGAUGAAGGCCUCCCCUUUACUACCACAUAUCAGCAGAAGACCAUCUCGCUAGAGAAGGCACGCGCUAUGCGUCAGCGUCCGCCAAAUCUGAUGGACGAAGACGUUGAGACAGCAUCGAGUAAGAGAAGUGAGCUCGGCAAAGAGAGCUUGCAAGACAGUACCAUCCAUGAGGAAGAUGAGAAGCAAGGCCUCGCUAUCUCUGGGCUUGACGAUGCACAGGUGCUGCUCAACUACGCCGAGAACGGCUCACACCACACGGCCUCAGUCAAUGAGCCGGACCUUGAGCAGCAGCAGCAACAGCAGCAGGGGCAAGACAAGCCACUUCCACCAAUCGUGUCUUGAGCUCUUCCAUCACACACUUUUCUUAUUUUCACCCACAUACCCCGUUUCGCUUCGGCCUGCUUUACGUAUAUGCUCUUUAAUACGCUCAUUGAGCAUUCAUAGUUGAGCGCGCGAUGAUUCUGUUAGCAGUUGGAUACGAACAGAAACGAACACAUAAGCUUUGGAAAUACCUUUGCGGGUGGAACCGAAAAGUUUGAUAUAUUUCUUUACUACAUGAUGAUCAUGACGUUGGAUCUGAGACAAAGCCAAGUUUAUACCACAAGCUUUUCCUAUGUAAUGAGAGAAAUAGCAAGCGAGUUUGACAAUGUAAUUGUAC